GCCGCCGCGUCGAGUUGUACUCCGCCGCCGCCAAACCCGAGCAAAGAUGGAACUUGACACCAGCUCGCUGCAGAACCUCCGCAUCACCUCCCAUGAAGAGGAUGAGGUUUUGGAAGGCGACGACAUGGACGAUGACGGGGACGACGACGAGGACCUGCUGAUGGAAGAGCCGGAAGUGACCUUGGGUUUCCUGGAGGCGCCGGAAGACCCACUCGACCGGCAUCGUCUUCUCCCCCAACACUUCCCCGACAAAGCCGGCGGCGCCCCGGUGCGCACAGCUAUGCGCCCUGUUGCACUGCACUGCAUGCAUACUGCUCCGCUCCUGAAUUGGAUUUUGAUUCUGAUGGAUGCCCCUUAUAUCCUCAACUUCUUUUCUAACUGGAGUGAUGAGGACUGCAUGGUUUUGUGCAGGCAUGGCUUGACCCUGUCGAUUUGCCGUCAGGCGGGUCGAGCAGCUGCGGCUUCUGUGGUGACCCGCUGCGGUUCGUCCUCCAGGUUCCAUUCGUUGAUUAUUUUUUAUUUGGCCGACUCUGCUUAUCAAUAG